AUGUGUAAUUUCCACACUGGCGGAAAAGAGGGUCAUUGCACUUUCGUCGGAACAUUAUCAUCGGUCAACGAACAUUUCAGUGUUCACACCGGCGUUUACCUCUAUCACUGUUGGGCUUGUGAGAGCUACUUCAGCGAGAGAUGUUAUUUGAUAGGACAUUUGGGGAAAAAACGAUGUGACAUACGAAAUUCGUAUCUAAUUGAAAAUAGAUAUGAAGACGAAGAGUUUCACAGGAAAGCGCGCAACGUCUUCAUCAGAGCAAUUUCUAAAGAGGAGUACUCUGAAGCGGCGGAGAGAACGAACCUCCUGAAAAAUAAUGAUUUCCUUCCAUCGUAUUUUGCAAGGGAACCUCCUUACAAAACAGCAAGAAGAGCUCAUUACCCGGAAUUUGUAAAAAGAGCACAGCUCCGAUCGCGAACAACAGAAAUGGCUCUAGCUGCUCAACGCCACCGUGAGAUAGAUCCUGCAGAGCAUCGGAGAAUCCAUCAAGACCAGCAGCCAAUGGACACCUCUCCAAUUGAACCGGAUUUCUCGGAAAACGGACUCCAACCUCCAGACUACCACCCAGCCAACAGAAAUUUGUCGAGCGGUUUCUUUUCUAGCGAGCAGACUCUACGAUUGAAGCCCAUCCAACGAAAUGUUCAUCGCUCCCAAUCUGUCACUUUGAAUCACGCGGUGAUUGAAGAAGUUUCACUGAAUGUUCACUUGGAUGAGAGACCAGUUGAGCAAUCGGCUUCAAUCAACAAUGUGACCAUAUCUCAGGCUCUUCAAGAUAGUCUUUCCAACUCGAACGAAAUGGGACCUGAAUUUGGAAGACUACGUGAAAUAGUGAGAAUGAUUGUAAGGGAAGAAGUCAAUCAAACAACUACAAACCAGCAUAAAAGUUUGGUAGAAGACCGUCCACCACCAAAUGCAACUUCAGUUGAACCUGUUCCUGUUGUGACUCCGACAUCAGGUCAAAGUGUUCAACCGAAUCCUACUUCCGUCCAACAAUUCUCUGAUGAGCAUCUUAUAUCAGCUCAAAGCAUUGCUCAGAUACCACUCCCAGCUCCAAAACCUGUUCCACAACAACCAGCUCAGAACCAUCAAAACACCCAUCUAACUCAACCACCGCUGAUCUAUUCUCAAGACCCGAUUCCAGCUUCUCAACAACCGCCUACAGGACACCUACCCCCUUUCCAUCCUCUUCGUAUUAUGGAAAGAACUAAACAGCUCCAAUACACGCAGCCUGCUUCAGUUGUCCUUUCCCUCCCUCAUCCACCAGCCCCACCACCGACUAACUGGUUUGUUCCAGUUCAACAAUACUCUGCUGAGCCUCCUGUACCACCUCAAAAUGCUGCUCCUCAGCCACCAGUCUCCACUCCAAUACCUGUUCCACAUCAACCAUCUCAGAACCACCAAAAUCCACGAUCAACAGAUCAGCCGAUCUAUUCUCAAAACCCAAUUAAUGUUGCUCAGCAACCGGCGCCAUUUGCUCCAGUCGUUACUCCUCUUUCUAAUGCACCAGCACCACCACCGACUAACUCGUUCGUUCCAGUUCAACCUGCUCCUGUUGAGCCACCUGUCUCACCUCAAAAUGUUGCUCAGGCACCAGUCCCCGCUCCAAGACCUGUUCCACAGCAGCCAUCUCAGAACUUUCAAAACCUCCACUCAACAGCCUCGCCGAUCUAUUCUCAGAACCCGAUUCCCGUCUCUCAGGAGCCUGCUACAACAGUACGCGGACCUGAUCCAGCUGCUGCUCCUCUCCCUCAUGCACCGGCACCACCACCGACUAACUCGUCCAUUCCAGUUCAACAUGGUCCUGUUGAGACUCCGGCACCAGCUCAAAGUGUUCAGCCGAAUCCAACUUCAGUCGAACUAAAUUCUUCUGAGCCUCAUGUAUCAGCUCCAAGCAUUGCUCAGAUACCACUCCCCGCUCCAAAACCUGUUCCACAGCCACAGGCUCAGAACCAUCAAAAUCCACACUCAACAGAGUCGCCAAUCUAUUCUGAAUACCCUGUUCCGGUUUCUCAGCAACCGUCUACAGUACAUCCCCAAAGGAUUAUGGAAAGAGCUCAACAGCACCGUCUCGUGCCUCCUACUCCAGAUGUCGCUUCACUCCCUCAUGCACCAGGUACUUUUUCUGUUAGAGCCACAGUUCGUGUCCCAACAAUUGAUAUGAUUUCAGCACCACCACCAACUAAUUCGACCGUUCCAGUUCAACCUGCUCCUGUUGAGACUCCGGCAUCAGCUCGAAGUGUUCAACCGAAUCCAAUUUCAGUCCAACUGUACUCUGUUGAGCCUCUUGUACCACCUCGAAAUGUUGAUCAGCCACCAGUCCCCGCUCCAAAACCUGUUCCGCAGCCACAUGCUCAGAACCAUCAAAACACCCAUCUAACUCAACCAUCGCUGAUCUAUUCUCAAGACCCGAUUUCAGCUUCUCAGCAACCGUCUACAGGACACCUCCCCCUUUUCCAUCCUCUUCGUAUUAUGGAAAGAAUUCAACAACACCGUUUUGCGCCACCUACUCCAGUUGCUGCUCAUCUCCCUCAUCCACCAGGUACUUUCCCUGUCAGAAUCACAGUUCCACUCCUAACAAUUGAUAUGAUUUCAGCGCCGCCGCCGACUAACUCGCCCGUUUCCUGCUCUUCUCCUCAACCUGCAACCACUUUUGAUGCUCCAAUCGCUGCUUAUCCGCCUCCACCUCCACCUGCAGAACCAAUUGAGGAAAUCCCACUACCACAGAGUCCCCAGAGAUUUUCUCCACGGCCGUUUCCUCCAAUACCAGUGCGACCGUUCUCUCCGUCAUUGUAUUUUGUUCCACUGGAUCUCUGGAACCAAGUUCCUGCACCAACAUCCCCGUCAAACGACAGUUCUACUCUACAAGCCCAAUCUCCUCCUCCCAUAAAUUCUAUACAGUCUCCACCACGUUCUCCAGAGGACGACGAUAACGACUCUGUAAACGAAGAAAUCGCUGAGAGCUACCGAAGAGCUUCAAGAAAAAGAAACCGAAGCUACGGAAGCUACGAGGACGAUCCAAGAGAUCCAACGUGGUCCCCGAGUCAGAAGACACGCCAAAGAUCUCGUUCACGAUCUGAAAGAACCUCUGGUCGCGAGAGAAGCAAGAGUCGUCGUAGAUAUGAAGACGAUCCGACUUAUAUUCCACGUGAAGGAGAACCUCGAAGACCGAGGAGGAAAUUCUACCGAACUCGUUCGAACUCUAGACAUGGAGAGCGGCUAGUGGAGCAGGUCGUCCAUGAACCUAUACCAGAAGCUAUGGAACAGAGAGACGUGUCCCCGGAGCCGGAGCAAGUUGAUGGAUUACUUGGAUCAAGGGAAAACCCAGUGGUGUUAAGUGACGAUGAAGAGAGCAUUCGAGAUUCCUCUCCAGAGACGGAUGUAGUUCGAGAACAUGACGAAUACCAACUAGGAUCAAGAGAAAUGUCAAUUGAUUCUAGAUCAGAUGAAUCGUCACCAGAACCCGAGAUUGUUGAAAAUCGAGUUGAAGACCAACUAGGAUCAAGAGAAAUGUCCCUGGAGUCAAGUAUGUCACCUGAACCUGAGCAAGAUCCCGUUCGAUCAUCGCGUGAAUUUACACUUGAUUCAGUUCUUUCGGUUUGCCCCGGAACACCACAAGCCUCUCCAAAACCAUCAUGGCUAGACCAAUUUUCUCGUCCUUCUCUUCCGCCAUCUCCCUCGUCACAGAGAAGUGAGAGACCAGCUCAAAUCAGUGAAAACUCUUAUCGAGCAAGAAAUCUCGAGAUAAGAAGCGGCGCAACCGCUCUUGCUUACUACUCAAAUUCGUAUAGACAGGGUGGUUUGCAAACGAGUCCGCAAGACUACCUUCAGCUGGAUCGAGCCCAGAGAAAUAAUCAACAAUAA